UGUUAUUGUAUCUUGGACCUACUCUACAUAAGAAUAGGCUGCCGUCAACGUGUCCAUCCAUCCAUCAUCAUCAUGACAGAUGUCCAGGUGUCCAGGGCUGCGAUGGCCACACUGCCCAUUGGCCAAUCAGACCACAUGGGCUGUCCCGUCUCUCCGUGCAAUGCUUACAAACCCGGGGAUGAGAGGACACGUACGGACUCGACUUCAGUGCUGCUGCAGAUACACCGAUCUGCAGUCCGGUGUAUCUGCAGUCCGCACGACGGAAAAACUCACAUUAAUCAUGCUGAUUGUGAUAGCUCACUGGUGGCUGCCUCCUUUCCUUUCCCCGGCAGCAAAAAAGCCGUUAGAAUCUGCAUGUGCGUGUAUUCCGUAGGUACUUUCGAAUGUGCGACUGAAGCAGGGCCGGCGGGCCACGCGGCUGCAAUCCGUAUCGGCGGCGUAUCCGUCCAUGCCCGCGCAAGGGCUUCUUCGCAUCUCCAAGUCGCAGUCCCCACCCGCGGGGAUAAAUUGUGGAUGCCACAAAAAGAGAGAGAGACCGGAACCAAGCGUCCAAGACACUGUCUUCGAUUUUCCCCAACCCCUUUGGUCCAGGCUGCCUGGCACUCUUUGUUCUUGUUGUCGUCAUCCUUUGACGGCUUUGCUGCCUGUGACCUAGUCAAUUGAGCAGAUCGAUCAGGUCAACAUCGAAUUUAUCCCGUGCCAUUCGAGUUGACAUUCACAUCUGUGGUAUUGAGAUUUGACUUUCCAUGA